AAACUAACUCUCCUUUAGUUAUUUUAAGAUGCAAACUCUUGAGCUCGAUCUCCAUCUCCUAUUCUAUCUUCUGUUUGCUGUCUUGUGCUUUGGUGCUUUGAUAUGCUUAUAUAACAUAACAAGACCCAGAACCAGAGGUAUAUAUGGCGCAUUCAUUAAUGAUGAUGAAGGGGAACAAAUGGCUGUUGAGGCAGAAAUUCAUGCUGAAGAGAUCUCCAACGCGUUCAAUAAUAAAAGAAAGGGAAAACAAAACUUUACAAAGGCUAGAAUUAACAGUGAUGACUUAAGCGGAGCAGCGAAUUCAGAAGUACAGCAUAUUAAAAAUGUUUUACUAUGGCUGAUUGCAUACUUGUUUGGAGGAGGGAAGAAUGGAAAGUUCGCAAACUAUGGAGAUAAAAGGAAUUGAGAACAAUUUGAUAUGUUUAUAAGCUCAAGAAAGUUCAAGUAAUUUACUAUAACAUAAAUAUGAGACAAUUUAGUAUGUAACGUUUAUUUUUUACUUUUUUAUUAUUUUGUUUCCAUGUUGGUAGACAUGUCAGCCGGGUUGAAAAUGUGUGAACCCAACCCGGCUCAUUUUAUGGUGAAUCAUAUAUUUUGUAAUCUGGCUCAA